UUUACACUUUUGUUUUGACAAAUGCUACACUCUCUCUCUCUCUCUCUCUCUCUCCUCAGACACGUACACACACAGUCUGCUCAUCUCUGGCCUGCUAAACAACAAGAAAGGAGCGCUUUUGGAGUAGGGAAACAGCGCGAAUCUCAGAAUUUUUUAGCAAGAAAGAGAAAAUUCUGUUUUGAUCCAAACCCAAAAUGGGUAUUCACUGUUGUGUCUCUGCCUUUCUUCUUUUUCUUGCACUUUCCGGUGUAGAAACUGUUUGUGGAAAUGCCGAGCUCAGAGCUCUCAUGGAGAUAAAGUCCUUUCUCGACCCAGAAAACAAGUGCUUGUCUUCUUGGACCAGUGAUGGCGACCCAUGUAGUGGCACAUUUGUGGGUGUGGCUUGCAAUGAUCACCGGAAAGUGGCCAACAUUUCUUUGCCGGGAAAGGGUCUCUCCGGGAAGGUUUCUCCAGCGGUGGCAGAGUUGAAGUGCUUGUCUGGUCUGUACUUGCAUUACAAUUCUUUGACUGGGGAGAUACCAAAAGAGAUAGCUAAUCUCACUGAAUUGACUGAUCUUUAUCUCAAUGAGAAUGAUCUCUAUGGGACAAUACCUCCUGAGAUUGGAGACAUGGCAAGUCUUCAAGUUUUGGAUCUGUGUUGUAACCAGCUGACUGGACACAUACCUACAAAGAUGGGGUCACUAAAUAAGUUAGGUGUUCUUUCUCUGCAAAAUAAUAGAUUAGAUGGUUCAAUUCCAACGAGCUUAGGGAAUUUGGGGAUGCUAAAAACACUUUAUUUGAGUUUUAAUCAGCUAUCCGGUCCAAUUCCAGAAAGUUUAGCUGACAUUCCACACUUGGAAGUUUUAGCUGUUGAAAACAAUACUCUCUCUGGCAUUGUUCCUCCUGAUUUGAAAAGAUUGAAUGAAGGAUUCAAUUGCAAGAACAAUCCAGGUUUAUGUGGUGUUGGAUUUUCAUCAUUGAGAGUUUGCCUCCCUUGGGAUGAUCUGAGCAUUCCAGUUGAACCCUUCAAACCUAAAUCAAAUGCUACUGCUCCAGAAAGUGUACCUUUAUCUGCUAGUUUCCAGGCACACUGCAACCACACCCAUUGCUCAGGUUCAUCAAAAUUAGCACAAGUUGCCAUUGUUGUCGGGGCUAUUACAGUCACGGCCAUGUUGAUAAUUGGUGGAUUCCUGAUUUUCAUUCGAUACCGGAGGAGAAAACAGAAGAUCGGAAACACAUUUGAUACUUCUGAUGGUCAGCUCAGCACCGCUGAUCAGGCCAAGGAGUUUUGCAUGAGAACUGCCUCUCCAUUGGUAUGUCUCGAGUAUAGGAAUGGAUGGGACCCGUUGGCUGAUACCCAUGAUGGCAAUGGGGUUUCUCAGGAGUUUCCCCCGGGAUUUAAGUUCAAUUUGGAAGACGUUGAAUCAGCAACUCAGUACUUCUCAGAGGUGAAUUUAUUGGGGAAAUCCAAUUUUUGUGCCGUCUACAAAGGGAUUCUGAAAGAUGGAUCCAUUGUAGCUGUUAAGAGCAUUAAUGUGACCUGUUGUAAGUCAGAAGAAGUUGAGUUCAUGAAAGGAUUAAGGUUGUUAACCUCUCUGAAACACGAAAACCUUGUUAAGCUGAGAGGUUUUUGUUAUUCGAAGGGCAGGGGUGAAUGUUUUCUCAUCUAUGAUUUUGCUUCUAAAGGAAACCUAUCGCAAUAUCUUGAUGUGCAAGAUGGAAGCAGCCAUGUUCUUGACUGGCCUACUAGGGUUUCUAUCAUAAAUGGGAUUGCAAAAGGCAUUAGUUACUUGCACAGAAGUGAAGCAAGCAAACUUGGGAUGGUUCACCAAAACAUUUCCGUAGAGAAAGUCCUCAUUGACGAAAAGUUUGAUCCAUUAAUAUCGGAUUCUGGUCUCCUCAAGCUCCUUGCUGAUGACGUUGUCUUCUCCGCUGUCAAGGUCAGCGCUGCCCUAGGCUAUAUGGCUCCUGAGUACAUCACCACUGGCCGUUUCACAGAGAAGAGCGAUGUGUAUGCAUUUGGAGUGAUCAUCCUCCAAAUCCUCUCUGGUAAAAGUAAACUCACCAACCUGAUACGAUUGGCAGCUGAAUCUUGCAGAUUGGAAGAUCUUAUUGACCCAAAUCUCAGGGGCAAUUUCUUCGACUCUGAGGCAACUAAGCUAACAAAAAUCUCACUGGCUUGUACCCAUGAGCUUCCGGAACAAAGGCCAGCUAUGGAAGAAGUGAUUGAGGAGCUAAGCAAGUGUAGUGCUGAUCCAUGAUUGAUAUGUAUCUACUGUUCUAACUUGAGAAACUUGUUGAACAUAGUGCAUCAUGUUUUAGGCCUAUUGAAGCGCUCGCUGUUGCUAAAACUGCUCUUAUCUAAUUUUUUUUAGAGUCUCCUGAAGGCUGAGGAUGAAAUCCACGUGAAUAUGUAAAUUAAAAUCGGCUCUUAAAUAAUCUGCAACCUCACCCAUCCCCAAUUAUGAAUGAUAU